AGGCUUCCAUCUAUAUAAACCCCUUUGAUCUCUUUGCAUUUCCGAUCACCCUUCCCUGUAUUGUUCCUUUCUCUGCUGCUAUGGCUUUGCUCACGGAUCUCAUUAACCUAAACCUCUCUGAUACGACUGAGCAGAUCAUCGCCGAGUACAUAUGGAUCGGCGGAUCUGGUUUGGAUAUAAGGAGCAAGGCCAGGACUCUCCCUGGCCCCGUUACUGAUCCAUCCAAGCUUCCAAAAUGGAACUAUGAUGGUUCGAGCACAGGACAAGCUCCUGGCGAUGACAGUGAAGUGAUUUUGUAUCCUCAAGCUAUUUUCAAGGAUCCAUUCCGGAGAGGAAAUAACAUUCUUGUCAUCUGUGACUGUUAUACCCCAGCUGGAGUGCCAAUACCUACUAACAAGAGGUACAAUGCUGCUAAGGUUUUUAGCCAUCCUGAUGUUGCCAUUGAAGAGCCAUGGUAUGGAAUUGAACAAGAGUACACACUCUUGCAAAAGGAUGUCAAGUGGCCUCUUGGCUGGCCUGUUGGUGGUUUUCCUGGUCCCCAGGGCCCAUAUUACUGCUCUGUUGGUGCUGAUAAAUCUUUCGGCCGUGACAUAGUUGAUGCUCACUACAAAGCCUGUCUUUACGCCGGCAUCCAAAUCAGUGGUAUCAAUGGAGAAGUCAUGCCUGGCCAGUGGGAAUUUCAAGUUGGCCCUGCUGUAGGCAUCUCAUCAGGUGAUCAAGUGUGGGCUGCGCGUUACAUUCUCGAGCGGAUCACUGAAAUUGCAGGAGUGGUUGUCUCUUUUGAUCCAAAGCCAAUCCAGGGAGAUUGGAAUGGUGCAGGGGCUCACACAAACUACAGUACCAAAUCUAUGAGGAAUGAUGGUGGAUACGAGGUUAUCAAGGCUGCUAUUGAGAAGCUUGGUAAAAAGCACAAAGAGCACAUUGCUGCCUAUGGUGAAGGUAAUGAACGCCGUCUCACUGGACGACACGAAACUGCUGAUAUCAACACCUUCCUAUGGGGUGUUGCCAAUCGCGGUGCAUCCAUCCGGGUGGGUCGCGAGACGGAACAGAAUGGCAAAGGCUACUUUGAGGACCGGAGGCCAGCUUCAAAUAUGGAUCCUUAUGUCGUUACCUCCAUGAUUGCAGAGACUACCAUUCUCUGGAAACCAUAGAAAACAAGCAACAGCCUGUUCCCAAACACUCAAACUUAAUUUCUCUUGUGGUUCCUUAGUUGUCUAGAUUUGCCAUUUGCUCUGAUGGGAACAGUAAUUGCUACCUUGUGAUUUUUACUGCAUUUCAAGAAUGCUUAAGAAUAAAUGUACACAAUCAAUGAAGAAUCCUCGCUUAACAACGCAGAUAAUGUUAAUUGGUUGUCUUUUUAUGUGUUA